AUGUCUCGGUCCUGCCAUGCAAAGCCUUCCAAAUCAGUCAAGACAAAGCUACACAAAAAGAAAAGCAUCCCGACAAAGAAGAAGACAGCAAAGCAGGCUGCCAAACAUGGGGCAUCAGGGAAGGCGGUGAACCCUGGAAAACUGAAGAAACUAAUUCAGGGAAGAGAUGCUAAGAAACAAACAGAGGACAAAAGCUCCAAGCCGACCCCAAGUCUUCUGACAAGAGCUGGAGCUGCCAGAAUGAAUCAGGAUCCAACCCAAGUCCUUUUUCAGAAUCCAGAGUCCUUAACUUGCAACGGGUUCACAAUGGCUCUCCGGAGGACCUCUCUUAGCUGGAGACUCUCCCAGCGCUCGGCAGUCACACCCAAACCUAAGAAAGCGCCGCCUUCAAAGAGUUUUGGGAAGCAGCAGUGUAGUCAUAAUACCCAGGAAGACACCGGGGUGAAGCACUCAGAAAACGAUCCGGUCCCCAGCCAAGAUGCCCUCACGUCCCCAGACACGGAGAAGCUAAUUGGUGAACAGAACACGUGUUUAGCUGAAGGUGAGAGCCAAGAGAUAACCCAGUCUUCGCCUCAGAGGGUAGAAGAUGCCCAAAGCUGUCCCUCCACAUACGGGAACCCUGCAGCAGGGGCCCCAUGCGGGCCACCGGAAGGCGCAUGCUGUAAUGGACCACUCUCUUAUCCGACAUCCGAUGGUGUGAGCAUUGCCCCUCAGGAGUGUGCUCCUUUGCCCCAAACGUCAGCUCCCGAAGUCACCUCUCAGAACACUAGCAAUCAGUUAGAAGACUUGGGGUCCCAAGUAGAGUGUCUGCAGCUAUCUGAUCCUUCUCUGAAUCCUAUGGGACGUGAACGUAACAGCUUCCCUCCCUCCAGUUUUAAGAUUGUUCCUGAACUGGACCUUAAUACCUGCAUGUCUCUUGAUGGCUCUAUAUAUCCCACAGCGCUGAUAAAAUUCCUUUUGGCAGGCUCACAGUCAGAUGUCCUUGACACUAAACCCCAAGAAGAAACCCUCAAAACUACCCCAGAUCAAGUGGGAUGCCACCCAGAUCAGGGUCUGGAUGCCACUUCUGUCCUAGGACCAACUUUCAGUACUCACCCGCAUCAGUGGGGAUUUCCUGGUGCUAACCUCGUUCACUGUGAGGCCCUGGGCAAGGGCUCAGACUCACCAGAGACUCUUGGUGCUAUUCCUAUGCUAAACCAACAAGGAACUGUGGGUGUGGGCAUGGGUGCGUCCCCGUACCUGCCUAUCUUCCUUCCUGCAAACACAAUGGCUACCUACAGCGGUGCUCCUCCCGGGCCUGAGCCCCACAGCUCUGCCUCCUGUGGGCUCGAGGUCCAAGGUGCUAUACCGAUUUUAACUUUGGGCUCAGGACACACAUCCCAACCCCCACCCAUCUCCGAGUCAAGUUCAAUACCUCUGGUAAUAGCUGCAAACAGUAUUCAGGAUGAGAAGCAGUUGUGUGCAAGCCGGCUUCCAGCUAGCACGCAAGGGUUUACGAUCGCCCCCGAGAACGGACUCCAGCUGGUUCCGCUGGAUCUUACCCAGUGCCCUCCGUCUGCUCCCAGCAAAUUGGAAGGAGUGAUUUCUCCGGUCAGCGUGACCGGCUCAGCUGAUGUCAAAACCCCCGGGAUGUCUGUGCCAGUUUCAGGGGCCGGUCCCUCGCCUCACCCGUGUAAAUCUACGCCGCCAACUGUGGAGAAGAAGAAACGCAAGCCGUGUGGGGUCUGUGGGCCCUGCCAGCAGAAAGCCAACUGCGGCGAAUGUACCUACUGCAAGAACAGAAAGAACAGCCACCAGAUCUGCAAGAAGAGGAAAUGCGAGGUGCUCAAAAAGAAGCCAGAUGCCACCUCACAGGUCCAGGUUACAAAAGAAAACAAGAGGCCCCAGAGGGAAAAGAAGCCCAAAGUUUUAAAGACAGACUCUAACAACAAACUAGUAAAUGGCCCCAAAUCAGAAUCCAUGGAAUACAGUACCUGUGGCCAUGGGGAAGAAGAGCAGAGACUGGAUUUGAUCACAUAUCCCCUUGAAAAUGUAAGGAAAAAUGCAGAAAGCAUGACGGGAGUCGAGGUGGAGAAGUGGACGCCAAACAAGAAAUCCCACUUAGCGGGUCAAGUCAAGGGAAGCCUCAAUGCAAAUUUAACUGGGGUUGAAAAUUCCCAACCCUCUGAAGAUGACAAGCAACAAACCAAACUUUCUCCGACGUUUGCACAGACCAUAAGAAACGGCAUGAAAAAUGUACACUGUUUACCCACAGACCCGAACCUUCCACUUGACAAACUGAAUCUUGAAGAAUUUACCAAGGCAUUGGAAAAGAACUCCUCUAAAUUGCUGACUGACCCCUCAGACCGCAACGAUGUCAUGAGCUCCGUCACUUCCGAGGGGAGCUGUGAUCAUGUCAAGGGGACAGGGAACAUCUUGCUUUUCCAGAAGCCUGGCUCAAAUUGCAGAUCUGGUGCUGAAUCCGCCACCUUUAAUAAUCAUCCCAAUACACACAGGGCUGGUGGUCAGCCUCAGACCCCUGAGAAGGUACUCAGAAAAGAACCCAAAGAUGGCUCUCCAGUUCAGCCAAGUCUUUUAUCCCUGAUGAAAGACAGGAGGUUAACCUUGGAACAAGUGGUUGCCAUAGAGGCCCUUACUCAGCUCUCAGAAGCUCCAUCAGAGAAUUCCUCCCCAUCCAAGUCAGAGAAAGAUGAAGAAACAGAUCGGAGAACAGCUAGCCUGCUUAACAGUUGUAAGGCUAUCCUCUAUUCAGUGAGAAAAGACCUCCAAGACCCAAACUUACAAGGGAAGAGUCACCGUGACACUGUCUUCUUCAAUGGCCAGAGCAGAGUGUUCAAGUCGCCUGAUAGUUCAGCUUCUAACCGAGCACUUACAAAGUCACAAGGACAUUCAAAUCCACCCACAGCUGAUAGAAAAUGCACUGCUGGGGGUAAAGCUCCCCUCGGAAGUCCUAAGAAUUCACAUCCAUUGCCGGCAGAAAGUCAUAAUCUAGAAAACUGCAGUCAGGUACUAAAUAGCAAUCAAAAUUUGAGUUCCCACGAUCUGUCCUGCCACGAUGCUCCCUACAGUCAAAUUGAAGAAGAUGUCGCAGCACAAUUAACCCAACUUGCAUCCGUAAUUAAUUACAACCACAUUAAGUCAGAGGUCAAGGAUGCUGAAAGUACAGCAGAGAGCCUUGUUGCAAAGACUGUACAGCAGAAACAUAGUCAGGAGAAAGGCAUGGCACAGCAGAAGCCACCUUCAAGUACACAGAGCAAACCUAGGGUGCCAUCAGCAAAGCCAAAGAAGAAGACCCAGAAAAAAACAAGACCAACCCCAUACACAGACAAGCGGAAAAAGAAACCCCCAGUCCUCAGCCCUCAAGAAAAUGAUCAGAAGAAGCAAGAGCAGCUGGCCAUCCAGUACAGUAAGAUGCAUGACAUUUGGAUGUCAUCCAAAUUUCAAAGGUUUGGCCAGUCUGGUCCACAUGAUGUUCCUGUUCUGUUGGGAACUAUUCCUAUCUUUGACCAAAUAUUAAAGCCAGUGGCUCAUAAUAACACCUCCUUCCAACACAAUAAGUUAUUUCCUCCUCUCAGUCAGAUAAAAUUUACAAGAUGCCAUGAGUUGGCAAAGGAGAAAGUGAAGGUUGAACCAUCAGAUUCUCCGCCAACAUGCCAGUUCAAGUCGGAAUCCAGCUGGCAGGCAUGUGCGGAGCCAGCAGAUAACUCUCAGGUACAGCCAACAGUGAAUGUCAAUCAGAAGGUGCAGCCUCUGCCCCAGUCCCCGAACCAGGGUGCUAAUGUGACGGCUGGUGCUGCUCAGACACAGCUUCAUCUAGGCGCUCGAGAGAACCUGGUGCAUCAGAUGCCACCGACGCUGCCUGGUACCUCUCCUGAGACACCCUUGCCAGAUCCGGCGUCCAUUCUCAGGAAAGGGAACGUGUUAAGCUCCAACGGAGUUACAGUUGUUACCGCAAAGCGGGAAGCUCAGACAUGGAGCGACGGGCCGUUGGGUGAUUCUACCGCGCACAGCGCACAGGCAGAUUUCAAUGAGAGUGUCAUGAACUUCCUCAGCGAGCCUGCAAAAAAUCUGCUAGCCGGAGUGAGUGACAUGGAAGACCCAACCUGUCACUGUCUUGAUCGAGGUACACAAAAAGACAAAGGCCCAUAUUAUACACACCUUGGGGCAGGACCAAGUGUUGCUGCUGUCAGGGAGCUCAUGGAGACUAGGUAUGGCCAAAAAGGAAAGGCAAUCCGAAUCGAGAAGAUAGAGUACACGGGGAAAGAAGGCAAGAGCUCUCAGGGCUGCCCAGUCGCCAAGUGGGUGAUUAGAAGGAGUGGUCCUGAAGAGAAGGUCCUUUGUCUGGUCCGAGUGCGAGUAGGCCACUACUGUCAGACAGCUGUGAUGGUCGUGCUCAUCCUGCUGUGGGAAGGCAUCCCUCGCCUGAUGGCUGACCGCCUGUACAAAGAGCUCACGGAGAACUUACGGUGUUACAGCGGGCAUCCCACUGACAGAAGAUGUACCCUCAAUGAAAAUCGAACCUGCACCUGCCAAGGCCUCAAUCCAAAGACAUGUGGAGCAUCUUUCUCCUUUGGCUGUUCGUGGAGCAUGUAUUUCAACGGCUGUAAGUUUGGGAGAAGCCCAAACCCCAGAAAAUUCAGACUUGCUCCAAACUAUCCCUUAAACAACUACUACAAGAGAAUUACUGGAAUACGUUCUGAAAAAAGAAGCCGUGUGAAGCCCGUGAAGCCUAGACGGAUCAUUCCAGAACACAAGGCCCUGGAAAAAAAGCUUGAAGAGAAUUUACAGAACUUGGCUACAGAAUUGGCUCCACUUUAUAAGCAGAUGGCUCCAGUUGCUUAUCAAAAUCAAGUGGAAUAUGAAGAUGUGGCUGGAGACUGUCGACUUGGUACCAAGAAAGGCCGUCCUUUCUCUGGUGUCACCUGCUGCAUGGAUUUCUGUGCCCAUUCUCACAGGGACAUUCACAACAUGAAUAAUGGAAGCACUGUGGUUUGUACUUUGAUUCGAGAAGAUGGCCGUGACACAAAUAUUCCAAAGGAUGAGCAGCUCCACAUCCUCCCACUACACCGGCUUGCAGACACUGAUGAAUUUGGCUCUCGGGAAGGGAUGGAAGCCAAGAUCCAAUCUGGGGCCAUCCAAGUCAAUGGCCCAUCCAGGAAGAAGCAACUACGUUUCAAUGAACCUGUUCCUCGAUGUGGAAAGAAGAGGGCCAAAAUGAUGGAGCAGAACAAGAAACCAGCCGCUGCUGGCCUCAGAACGAGAAGGAACUCCACCGCCAGUAAGGGUGGCCCAGGUUCAGACAACACUAAAAGCUGUCCAUCGGCCUCAUCUACUACGCACCCAGAGAAAGAAGAAUCUACAGACCUAAGUCCCCUGGUGGCUUCCUCCACGAAAACAGCUACCUGUAUGUACAAUAAAACAGCCUCAGGCGGGCUUCCAGAAACAAGUAGCGUUCUCCACGGCGCAAUGCCUUCUGGGACACACAGUGGUGCUAAUGCAGCUGCUGGGGAGGGCGCUGGGAUUGCACAGCCUGGUGAAGUGGCUCCUCUUCCUCACCAAUCUGUUCCCACAGCAGAUCCCCCUGCUCAUUCUGAGCCCGUCGCUAGUCCGCCCGAGCAGCUAACUUCUAAUCUGUCAAACCAGCAGCCCCCGUUCCUCAGCUCUCCUCAUAAACUGGCUUCCUGUCAGGUGAAAGAUGAGCUGCACCCUGAAGCAGAUAAGCCUCUGUCAGAUGACCUGUCCUCCGACGAGGAUAAUAACAUCCCUCAGAUUGAUGAGUUUUGGUCAGACAGCGAGGAGAUCUACUUUGAUCCCAGCUUUGGUGGAGUGGCGAUAGCACCCAUCCACGGCUCGGUGCUGAUUGAAUGUGCCCGGAGAGAGCUUCACGCGACCACCUCCUUGAGGUGUCCUAACCGAUAUUGCCCUUUUCGUGUGGCCCUCGUAUUCUACCAGCACAAAAACCUGAAUAAGCCCAGACAUGGUUUUGAUAUCAAUAGGAUGAAGUAUGAAUCUAAAGAUAUAAAGAAAAAACCCGCAGAUCGCGAGGGCCCUGACUUAUCCACCGAAGCCACUUUGUCAUACCAAAUUCCUUCUCGUAUUGCUUCCACUCUAACCCAUGACAAUAUCGUCACUGUGUCCCCUUACGCUCUCACUCAUGUUGCAGGGCCCUACAACCAUUGGGUCUAG